CAUAACACGAGAAUGUGUGUCACAUUUGAGAGAGAAGGGGAAAUGGCCGCCAUUGCCAAGAUAUUUGACCUACUUCUAGUCGGUCCGAGGAAGAAGCAGAGCACAACGGCAGAGUGGAGGAACCACAGGUUUGGAGCAUCAGAGUAACAUCAAGGGAUUUCAGCAUCAUAAUAACAGGGGACAUGGAAAUGGCCUCCUCAUCAACAUCAACCGUAGAACUAGCUAAAGCAUCUGACUCAGAGCUCUCCCGCCUGGGGGGGAUCGAGGCCUUGAAGUUGAAGGUGGGGCCGGUACGGAGGAAUCUCUUUGGGCCCGUGGACCACCAGCAGCUACAGCAGGACUUCCAGAGGCUGCUCUGCAUGAGCGUGGAGCUGGCCAACAAGCGGUGGAACUUCGAUUUCCAGACUGACAUGCCAGGAGAGGGCUCCAACAUCGAGUGGGAGGAGCUCAGGUGCCAGGAUGUGCCGGCAUUUUACCGCAGUGGCAUAGUGAGGCCAGUUGCACGGUCUGAAGUCGGGAUGACGAAGGGAAUGAGGCGGAUGUCGUCUUCAUCAGGCGAGGGUUCCCCAAUGUCCAGUAGCUCAUCUGGGUUUGGGGAUGAGUACCUGGAAGUGACCACAAGGGGAUGCUACAGGCUGCAACGGCCAGGGAAACGUAGACAGUCCACCAUCACAGAUUUCUUCAAGGUGAAGAAGAGGAGGCUUCUGCAUUACAAAGCAUCUUCCCGGCAGUAGAAAAGCACAACGAGACCCAGUGGAAGUGGUCCACAUCCCUCCACACAUCACCUCACAUAGAUGUGUCCCAUGUAAAAUGUAUAUAUGUAGCAGUUUGUAACUGACUGUCCACAAGCUCCACAGCAUGGGCUUAAAAACUCCUCUGACACCAUAUACCUUUAAUUUUCAGCACAAGGAAGCUACAGUUUUCCUAGUUAAUCAAGCUCAGACUCUAGAAACGGUUUUUGUGGAUAAUUAUGAAUAUUAUACAUAUGCCGUAUAUAUUCUGUAUACUGUUUUCCUCAGCUGACUAUACUGUGAAAUAAUUUUAAAUGCACUCUUUCAGGAAAUAAAAGAAAACGGGCUCUACGAGGUUAGGUUUCUUCUGAACGGCCCAUGGAUGGUAUUUGACCUCAGUCCUUGACCUUUUUUCUCCCUCUUGCUAAAAGUCAUACGAGGUUUUGAUUAGGUGAGUUACUAUUCCUGGACUUGCAUCCAACUUAGCUUUUCGUCUCACCCCACGGCUCCGAAAGCUCGAGUUGAGCCAGGGGUCAAAACCUCACCCAGGGUUCAAAAUUUUGGCAGUGCAACUGUGAUUAGCACCAGGUUAAAGGUCAACAGUGGAGGUUUAAGGAUGAAGUAAUGCAGCCAUACCUGUACGAUAGUGACUUAAAUUCUGAGUAAUAGUAAUGUUCCAUAUGUGACUAUUUAUUAUCCACAAUGCUAGAUUGUCUUAAUAAAAUAAAAUUAAAAAAAAAAAAAAACAAGGCAAACAGUUUGAAACGAGGUAAGAUCAGGUGUUUGUGGAAACCUGUGCCAUUGUCCCCAAAUUAUGCCUAAGACUACAAGUCAUUAUGGCUCAUAUACACUCCACCGUUGUACCUUAAAUAUAUUGGCCAUAUAUAUUUUUACACUAUCACAACGUAGCAAAGGAUGUACAAAUUGUAAACUAUUUUCCCCUUUUGCUGUGUAUUAUUUGCAUAGAGGGUUUGUAAAACAUUUUUGGCAACAGACCAGAACAUGCCUUAUUUAGUUGGAUGUUUUUUCUUUUCAGCUUUAUGCUUUUAACAAUGUAGCAUUUUUCACUCUUUGUCUUCAUGUGAUGUCCACCUUGUAGGUUUUAAAUACGCCUCUUUUCUCCAUGAAGGGAAUGUAGUGUUUUAUUACUGUGUUGCAGCUCAUAGGAAUCAAAACUUUUGGUUCCACUUUUUGCUCAUUUUUGAUAUGAACAGUUGAGCUGCGACACAUUUUCCAUUGCUGUACAGUUUUAUACGUGUUUUCAUUGUGUAUGUAUGCAUAUAAGUGUUUGUGUAUGAAUGUACUGGUGCGGUUUCAUCUUGAGGUUUUCACCAGUUGUAAAACUUGUGGCAGCUGAGGCAGUUGAACCAAAGAGAACUUGCUGUGCCACUUAAUUAGAAACACAUCAUUUCUUCAAGUUGAGUACUUUUUGAUUGAUCAGUUACGGGUGACAGAAUGUCUCAAAUGUUAUGAGAUAUUCAAAUAUCAAGUGAAAACACUUCUGCUUGUAAACCAAGUUUUUAGUUUAAUGUUGUCCAUAACUGCUCAACCUUCAAGUUUGGUGACUUAAAUAGGAUGUGUCUACUUUUUCUCCCUAUCCACAGUCAUUCUAGUUUGUAUUUGGAUAAAAAGCCAUAACCUGAAAGAAUCCACUCUUACUACCUCAUCAAGUGAUUCAGUAAUUAAGACAAGUAACAUACAAAAAAAAAAAAAAAUCAAACAAAACCAUUGUAGCUCAGGUUGUUUGCAUCUACAGGCACAAAAGAGAGACAGAAGUGAUUAUUCUGUUGUGGUAAAAGCUGUUCAGCGCGUAGACUUUCACAUCAGGUAAAAGAGUCAGUGUGUCAGAUUGGGGCCCUGCUUCAUGCAGAGGAAACUCCGGUUCCUCGGGGGGGGGGUGGUGUCUUUCGCUGAAAUAGCCCCAUAAAAUAGACAGGGCAGAGGAAUAGUGGUGUGGCGGAAGGAUGAGUGAAGGGGACAAACUUUAAUGGAGAAACCUUCAGAGAAAAUGUCUCAGAUCCUGUCUGGAUUAGAGGAUUCCUCCGGCCACGCAAGUGGCCUGUGUUUCAAACAAGCUUUUGUCUGCCUCCUUAAAAGUCUCUCUGUCUCUCUUUCAUGAACUAAGUGCCUCAGUCUCUGCGAAAAAUCGGCAUGAAAGCAGUAGUUUUAAUCAUGUUAACACAAUGUUUGGUUCUUUCAUGGCUCUACAUGGCUAUAUUUCCUAGAUUUAAAAAUACCACACAUGGCUAUUUAAAUGUUUUUUUAAAUUCGUCAGGGUUACUUGUUUUUUUGUCAACUUAUCUAUGUGUGUGAGCGUGAGACAUUGUGUGCACCUAUCUUCUCGGUGUGUUAAUGACAAAACUUUCAAAGUCUAUAUUAACUUAUUUUGAGUUUAUAUCAUUGUUUUGUAGGGAAAUAAUUAAAUAAUUUUGCUAUAACUAACAAAUUGUGUUAUUUCUGAAACUAUAUCUUUGCACUACUUUAAACAUUAUUGACAAAACUAUUUUUUAUAUGGUAAUCUUAAAAAACAAACCAACACACAAAUCCUGAUUGAGAAACUGGGACACAAAUGAGGAAUUUCUUCACAAUUUAACUUUUUUCCUCCCAUCAGACUUUUCACACUGUUGGACAUAGUUUCUAAGAUGCGUAUUGGUUUCUUAAGGUUUUCUGUAGCUUUGUUAAUCUUUGUCAGGUCCAUUGGCAAGAAAAAAAAAAAAAAAAAGGAAAACUAAAAUGAUAAGACUCAAGAGAUUUCUUAGUGUCUCACUGUUCCCAAGCAGACUUGGCUUUUCUUAUUCACCUGUCGCAGCUAUAUCAAAGUGUAGUGUUUUGUUUUUUUACUUUGUAUAUGCAUGAAUGUAUGAAAAUCUUUGUAUACCAUUUGUAAUAAUUCUAUUGUAAUUUAAUAAUAAGGAUUUAUGUAUCCUUGCAACAUGUAAAAAAUGUAAUUGUAUGGGAUCAGAAUCAUAUCCUUUUGGAUAGUAAUAUUUGUAUAGAAAAUGUUAAGAGAUUUCCAUUUUGAUCGCUUGUUGGUGCACUGUUGCCUCAUAAUGUUGAUUUCAUAUAGUGUGCUCAAAAUAAUAAAAUGUUAAUGAAUGAUAAAAGAUAAA